GUUUGUGUCUUAAAACCCACUUUCUGCCCCCUUCUUUUCUUGCUGUCAUGGAAGAUCAAGCGCAAGAACCCAACCAUCCUCCAACUCAUGCCUCCGAGAGGAACCAGCCCGUGCGCUCUCGGUGGACUCCCAAACCUGAGCAAAUCCUCAUCCUCGAGUCCAUCUUCAACAGCGGCAUGGUCAAUCCAUCCAAAGACGAAACCGUCAGAAUUAGAAGGCUCCUCGAGAAAUUAGGCGCUGUCGGUGACGCCAAUGUCUUCUACUGGUUCCAAAACCGCCGCUCCAGAUCUCGCCGCCUCCAGCGCCAGAUUCAGGCCUCCCUCGUCGGAGACCACGCCGGCGAUCAGCCCCGACCCCACGCCGAUGCUACUGCAAUUCACCACGAGGGUAGCAGUAGUUCCAAUGGGGUCAUGGGGUUUCAGAUGCCUCUUUCCCACUCUUUUUUUCCUCCGUCACUGCCAUCUUCUUGUCUAUGUACUGUUGGUUCUUUUUCUUCCGAUGGAGCUACUUUCCACGAAGGCAUCCAUGGUCUAUGUUCGCGCUCGAGCCCAAUUGUUCUCGAACCUACAGAAUUUAUCACUGUGUUUAUCAAUCGUCUUCCAACGGAUGUUCCGAGGGGUCCACUUGAUAUGACAGCAAUGUUUGGUGAAGAUGUGGUGCUGUUGCAUUCCUCCGGGGUUCCAGUACCUGUCAAUGAAUUUGGCUUUUCAGAUCAGAGUUUGCAGCAUGGUGAAAGCUAUUUUCUGGUUUCAAGAUCCACUUAUCGGACUUAAAGCCGCAUGGACCAGCAAGAACUUUCUUUUUCAAUUUGGACCCUCGGCAGAUCUUAUUCUCAGAACGGGGAAAUUUUGUUUGUGUUAAUGUGGUCUUAAAUUUUCUUUCCCGUUUCUGGUUCUGUUCCCUUUUACGUUUUAAUGGGAGUCAUCAAUUAUAUAGGUGCUGCAAGACCUACAUGCAACCUACCAUAUGAGAGAGAGAGAGAGAGAGAGAAUGUAUCAGCUAUUUUUCAAUAUAAAAGGUCACCGAAAACCAGAGCUACUUUCAGAGUCCAGCACACAUGCUUAAUGGUAAAUGCAUUACUUCUUAAGUUCUUCCAA